AUGGCGGGGCCACUCCGGCGCAAAUAUGACGCCGAGUCGGGACAAGUGUACUCGGAGAUGGAGAUUCAACUCGGUCGAAAACAGCGUUCGAACUGGAUAAGCGACCCCAGAACUCCUUCGCUGGUUAAAAAGGCAGCUAUGGUCAAUGUUGGGAGAGGGGCCCGUUCACUUACAGAUACCGCGAAGAACCAAAUCGCGUCUCAGUUCCGCAAUUUGACCGCGGAGCAUUUUGUCAACGUGCCUUGGUCUGUGGCAGAAAGUCUUUGGCAGGAGGUCCUCGAGCGGCGAGCGGAGAGUUUUCAUGGUUGGAGGACGCUAGCCAAUGCAUACCCUCAUGCAGAAGAGUUCGGGCAGCGACAGUACAGGUACUUCAUGGACGUCAAGCAACCACAACUAUCGCUUCUGGACUAUAUGACGGGCAUUACAUCGGCCGAGCCGACCUGGCUGACCUGCCUUCGGAUAUCGCCCAAGCAAUUGACCACCUCGGAGCUCGUCUCGCUCCACAAGAUAACGAAUCUUGCCGUCCUCGAUCUCUCCGACGGCCAAGUUACGAUUGACAACAAUCAAUCAACGUUCGACGAACGGGUGAUGCGGACUUGGGGGGAGCUAGCGAUGUCACGAGAAGCAUUUCAAUAUCUACGCGUGUUUAUGUUUGGAUGGCAGGAGAAUUUGUCCGCGUGGAUAUUCAAAUACGUGGAUCAGUUCCCGUCGCUAUGUCAAAUUAUAGUCACGGACUGUCCGCGGAUGCACCAGAAGAAUCGAAGCGACUGGGAAGAUAUCUCCAAGGCGGUCGGCUGGGAGGGCAGACACGCCAAGAAAAGUGCGAAGAGUCUGCGCCCGAUCAUCGCCGACCCAGAAUUCUACUUUGGCACCGUUUCUGGAUGUUACUACGAGAGCAUGGAGCUUUUCGAAAACCUGGCCGCGAGUGAGGCGACACCAGCUGUCACAGAUCCCAUGCCGUUGCUGGAAAUAUCCAUCGGGUCUCCUAGGCAAUGGUCUCAUGUGGUAGAAGACUUCCCAUCCACACGGACAAUCGUGUUCGAUAACGUCAAGACGGGGUCUUGGCUGGAGAGCACAAAGCAGCAGCCGUUCAUGAUUGAGCAUGCUCAUCGGGACCAGACUAAACGGGCGAGGAACUCUGAUGUGGUGUCCCCAGUGGGUGGGCUUCCUCCCUCGAAGAGAGGAGCAACUGCAGUCAGAACGAUGAGAAGGAAACACGAGAAGAGUGUAAUGGACAUGCUUGAAGAGUUUAGGAGAUGA